CCACACCUGUUUCACAAAACGACAAUAAUCGUGUAGUAAUCAUCCAAUAUGUAAAUAAACAGAAAAUGCGAAAAGGAUUCUCUGGAUUGUUGAGAUGCUAGAUCAUAUUUAUUAGAAUAGAUAUGAGUUCCAAUGGAGAAAAUGCAGAAAUAAUGUUGGAUAAUCCUGACGAGACGGAUUACAUCCCAUUCUUGCCCAGUUAUGACUUACCUAAAGAUAAGAUCCACCUUUAUCGCCUUGAGGAACUUGUGAAUGCACGCCUACUCGUUCUGUUCUCUGUGAAAAGCCUAAAUCGCUCUACAAGUAGCUCAUUAAGCGAAAAGAAAGCAAAAUUGAUCGAGCUUCUUGAGAAACACCACCUAGACCAUUACCUCUGGCUGUUAACGCACAAUGGUGUCGACCCAGGGACAGAAGAGCACCAGAAACACCUCGAGGAGGAGAAGCUAGCCCAUAUCUAUACGCACGCAGUCUUCUCCUGUGACACAGCAAUCACCGAUUUCCUGGUGAAACAGGAACAACUACUCUUCAAGUUCCAGAUUAUGUCUUACGAAAUUCCCCAGGUGAUGGAAUUCUUGGAGAGAAAUGGAAUAGCUUUUCCAGAAGCAACUCCAAGAGAGAAAAAAACUCUCCGGGGUGCGUUGCAUAUUCACUGGAACUCUGAUAAGCCCCGUGACCCCUUGGAGAAGAUUUACAAAGUUCCCUGGCUUUCUUCGGCCGAUCUCCUCAGAAGAGGAGAAGCCCUCCUCCAUGAAGGCAUUUGUUACAUUCCUGAGAGCAAGAUGAAGGGCGUCCUCCCAACAUUAUUCGAUAAACACCUAGAUAACGAGAGGAAGAUGGAACUCUACAAACUCGUGGCUACAGUAGUCUUAACUCGAGAUCAAGCAGUCUUCCUGCGUGCAUCCCUGAUCCCGACGUUUCGCAACAAAAAACGAUACACUCGUGACAUACAAUUCGAUAUGAAAAACCUUGAUAGAGACGUUGGUUCUUUCCCCCCUUGCAUCAGAACCAUCCUCGAUAGCUGGAACAAAAAGAACCAGCUGAAAUACGAUUCACGACAGCAAUUGUGGCGCUUUUUCCUCGGCCUUCAAACGAACCCUGUCGCUCUCGAAAGCCACAUGAAGAAGACCUUUAAGGUUCCUGAAUCGAAGAUGAAGGAAUACAUUUAUGAAAUGAGACAUACCUUUGGCUUGGUCGGGAGUAAAUUUCAAUACAAGACACCAGAUUGCUCUUUCUAUAAUCAUGGUCCGACGAGGUUUGCAGAGGUGGAUGGCUGUCCUUUUACUAAUGUUGAUUCGGGAGAUAUUGAGGAUCUGGGGACUAAGCUGACUGAAUGGAAUAUUCCAGCUAGAGCCCAUCUUGAAAUUCUCGAUCACAAAGCCAACGGACACUGCAGCAAAGCCUGUGGAGCUUUUUUCACAGCAAUCCAUGGGGUUGAACCAAGGCAGGAAAUCCUCAAUCCUCUAGAUUUUUAUGCUGAGAGCAUGGAAGCAUUGAACAUGAACUCUACCACGGAUUUGGAGCGCGAGGAGCUGGGCUCCGAAUUCUUCGACAAGCUCUUCAAAAGUUCACAUGAGAGAUAUACUGCAGUUUUGGAUGAGGCAAUGAGGCUAGAGACUGUCCGGGAAUGUUUGGAAGAGCAACCACUCGACGAGCAUUGGGAUUUCGAUAUAGAGGAGAUUGAAAGGAUGAACUGUAAUUAAACUUACAAAGCAUGUUUAUUCGAGUGAUAACGCAAAGGUUGUGCUUUAAAGACUAGUUCUGAUAUUUCGUACGUUUAAGAGAUAAUUCUAUGUUCAUUAUUGUACAUGUAAAAAUAUAGACAUGAUAUAAGGCUUC